AUGCCUGCUACAGACCUCUCCGCACGCCUGUCAAAGACGCCCAUCCUGCCCCAUCUGCCUUCCUACACCUGUUAUAAGCUUCUUACGCCCUCCCGCCGGUCCCCCUGGGCGCCGUUAACUUCCCGGCAACGAUUAUGGGCCGUUUGGGAACCGCCGUACGUUGGACAAGAACUAUCCUCCGAUUACCUGUACACUGUCACGAUUGCGUAUUGUGCAGCACUACAGUACGCGUACAUUAACUCAUAUGCGCUGUCUGUGAUACAUCUCCUCCCACCAACCUCACCUAUACAGCCCGUUCAGGCCACUCUCUCAACGCGCUCUCACACCUACUAUACACCCCACCAUACUCACCAUCUCAAGAUGCUCAUACACCUCACUAAAUACACACUGCACCAUAACACUCUCCCCAAGUCUCUACAGCCUCACUCAUACACCUCCGAUCAUAAACUCCUCCCAGUACUCCAACACCGCACUAUUACACCCUCAGCCAUCACUCUCCCAGUCUCUACACCUCCACCCUAUACACCCCAUCCAUCACUCUCCCAAUCUCUACACGCACAUACACCAUCCACCAUCACUUCUCAGUCUCUACACCUCACAAUACACCCUCAUCAUAACUCUACCACAAGUCUUUCCUUACCCAAAAACCAACCCGGACGCCCCCCCCCACUUACACCUCCACCCAUACUCUCCCCAGUUCUCUACACCUCACUAUACACCUCACCAUACUUGUCCCACGUCUCUACACCCUCACUAUACACCUCACCAUACUCUCCCAGUCUCUACACCGCACUAUACACCUCACCAUACUCUCCCAGUCUCUACACCUCACUAUACACCUCAGUCUCUAUAUACACCUCACCAUACUCUCCCAGUCUCUACAACCACUCACAACUCUCCAGUCUCUACACCGCACUAUACACCUCACCAUACUCUCCCAGUCUCUACACCUCAUAUACACCUCCCAUACUCUCCCAGUCUCUACCUCGAUAUACACCUCACCAUACUCUCCCAGUCUCUGCACCUCGAUAUUACACCUCACCAUACUCUCCCAGUCUCUACACCUCGACUAUACACCCUCACCAUACUCUCCCAGUCUCUACACCGCACUAUACACCUCACCAUACUCUCCCAGUCUCUACACCUCACUAUACACCUCACCAUACUCUCCCAGUCUCUACACCGCACUAUACACCUCACCAUACUCUCCCAGUCUCUACACCUCACUCUCACCAUACUCUCCCAGUCUCUACACCGCACUAUACACCUCACCAUACUCUCCCAGUCUCUGCACCUCGAUAUACACCUCACCAUACUCUCCCAGUCUCUGCACCUCGAUAUACACCUCACCAUACUCUCCCAGUCUCUGCACCUCGAUAUACACCUCACCAUACUUCAAUUCGCGUUGAAGUGUACACCCGCGAACCAGAGUCAGCCGACAGUCGAAGCAAGGCCAAUCCAACAACAAUCUCCAACAAUCCACCAAAAAUAUCCAACAAUCUACCAACAAUCUCCAAUAAUCCACCAACAGUCUCCAACAUUCCACCAAAAAUCUCCAACAAUCCACCAAAAAUAUCCAACAAUCCGCCAAUAACCCACCAAAAGUCUCUAACAAUCUCCAACAAUCCACCAAUCUCUAACAAACCUCCAAAAAUCUCGAACAAUCUCCAACAAUCAAACAAUAAUCCACCAAUAAUUUCCAACAAUCUCCAACAAUCCACCAACAAUCUCCUACUAUCCAUCAAUAUUCUCCUACAAUCCGCCAACAAUCUCCAACACUCUCCAUCGCGAAGUUAA